CAGAGCACGUUGUUCGGAUAUAAAGCCAACCUGUUAUCCCAUCUCUUUCUUUUUUUUUGCCCUUCCUCAUCGACUCCACCCUCAUCACCUUUCCUUCAUCACCCAGCCAAGCACACAGUCAACAAUCCCCAACACUUACCCUCCUUCCCUUCUAGCCGCUCACUAUCGCUCAACAUGUCCUGGUUGCACUCCAAGAAACACAAGGAAAAGGAACGCGAAAAGGAAAGGGAAAAGGAGGCCGCUGCCCUGUCCGCAAACUUCAGCUCCUCGCUCCAGAUCAAGUCCCCAUCUCCGCCAACGAAUCCUGGAAACGGUCUGGCUCAGGCACAACCCUCAAACACCAACAUCUCGGGUCAAAACUUCAGCAGUAAUAACAACAUCAGCAACAGCAAUAACAACAACAGUGGUGCACCCCCAGGAACAAAGAGCGGGCUGCUUAUCAUCCGCGUCGUCGAGGCCAGAGGACUAACUCUUCCUCCCGGAUCCAGCAACCUUCCAUUCGUGCCAAAAGAUCAGCAGGAACAACAACAGGCAAUCACCAAUAACCGCGAAUCUCUCCAACGCAAAUGGUGGUUGCCCUAUGCCGUCCUGGAGUUUGACAAGAAUGAGGUUCUGAUCGACGCUCUCGGUGGCGAAGUGUCCAACCCACUCUGGCAAUACAGAGCUCACUUCGACGUCUCAAGAGAGUCGGAUGUUCAACUUUCGCUCUAUAUUCGCAUCCCUGAUCCCAAAGCAUCUGCAUCCGCAGACUCGAAGUCUGGCGACCUCAAGGAGGGCGAUACGUCGAGUCAGGAUGUGUUUUUGGGCAAUGUCAAACUGGAGCCCCGCUGGGAGGAGCAGAUGCAGGAUGAUUGGUUUCCUCUUCAGGGCGGCACUGGAAAAGUUCGAGUCCAGUUGGCAUAUAAGCGCGGCAACGUAAGACGUCGGCAGAUCAGGCACUCUAAGAGUGCCAACACACCCUUGACCAUUGAUGCUUUCGAUUUGCUCAAGGUGAUCGGCAAGGGCAGUUUCGGCAAGGUUAUGCAAGUUCGGAAGCGCGAUACCUCCCGAAUCUACGCCAUGAAGAUCCUGCGUAAGGCUCAUAUUAUCUCACGCAGUGAAGUCAACCACACCCUUGCCGAGCGCACUGUCCUUGCGCAGAUCAACAAUCCGUUCAUCGUCCCACUCAAAUUCUCAUUCCAAUCGCCUGAAAAGCUGUAUCUCGUCCUUGCCUUUGUCAAUGGAGGCGAGCUGUUCCACCACCUGCAACGCGAAGGCCGCUUUAGCGAGGAACGGUCCCGGUUUUAUGCUGCAGAACUGCUCUGCGCACUAGAGUGUCUGCAUGGAUUCAAUGUUGUCUACAGAGAUCUCAAGCCCGAAAACAUCUUGUUGGAUUACACCGGUCAUAUUGCGCUCUGUGAUUUUGGACUCUGUAAGCUGGGCAUGACCGAGACCGAGACGACAAACACAUUCUGUGGCACACCCGAGUAUCUUGCACCCGAACUACUCCUUGGCCAGGGAUACACAAAGACGGUGGACUGGUGGACGCUCGGAGUUUUGCUGUAUGAGAUGCUGACGGGUCUGCCACCGUUCUAUGACGAGAACAUUCAUGAGAUGUACAGGAAGAUCUUGCAGGACGAGCUUCGGUUCCCGGAUGAGGUCUCGCCCGAUGCUAGGUCGCUGCUGACAGCGCUUCUAACGCGUGAUCCGAACCAGCGAUUGGGCAACAAUGGAUCGAGCGCAAUCAAGCAGCAUUCAUUCUUCAAGCCGAUUUCGUUCCCGCAUCUAAUGGCCAAGAGAAUCCACCCCCCAUUCAAGCCUUCGGUCUCGUCAGCAACAGAUACGUCGAAUUUUGACGAGGAGUUCACGAGUGAAGAGCCACUGGAUUCUGUGGUCGAAUCGUCCUUCCUGAGUGAGACUGUACAGCUCCAAUUCAAGGGCUUUACAUAUAACCCUGCACAGGAUGGUGUCUUAGGCGCUAGUAUGGUAAACCCUGGUCUGGGUGCUUCUGGAGGCCAUGGAUCGAAUGGAAUGUCUUCGAAUCGAGGCAACGGUGCAGCAGGACACCGGGAAUACUAGACCUGAACUGAACUGCUGAACUGGACGCAUUUUUUUCUUUCUUUUCCAACACGGCAUAAAUAAAAAAAAAUUAGAACAACGA